UCAACAUAUUAUGCAACUCCUAUAAAGCCACCGUUCGCUCAGCGGGCCUGGAGUCACAUUCAGCAGGAGGAACACUUGAUACUUGGACAGUCUACUGAAGAGCAAGAUUUCAAAUGGAUUUCAUACUACCGCCCACUAUCCCAAUUGGUGGCAUCCAAUGGGAGAAGCUUUUACCUCCUCUUUUUCCUCGUCUGAAUGGGACUUAUGGACAAUAUAAAUGGACGCCCAAACUGCUAGUUCCGGAUAUUGAUAGCACCAGCGCUGCUGAGGCAACUUGCGACGAUAGUGGAUUUACUGUACAAGUGGAUGUCAAACAUUUUAACCCCGAAGAUCUGCUGGUCAAAGUCAUAGGAGAUUUUGUAGAGGUACAGGGAAGACAUGAAGAAAAAAAGAAGGACGGUCCAGGGUUAACAACACGGCAGUUUAACCGUCGCUAUCGAAUUCCAAAGGGAGUGGACACCAUGGCUUUGGAAUCAGCGGUAUCUCCAGAUGGCAUCCUCAUCAUAUCGGCACCUUUGCUAGACACUGAGAAGUCCACAUCUCGGACCUAAUCCAAUAACUAUUAAGUCCGUCAUCUUCUCCGGUGUGUGACGUUUGUAAAUACUGCUCUAAAAUUACGCAUCAUCCUUCCAAAAAUGUUUCAUAAAUAAUAAUACACAUGUUGUAAAUAUGGAGUCCGCAAUUUAAUUUGUGAUGUGAAUAAUACACCUAUAUGUGAAAAUAUUUUAUUGUAACUGUAUUUCUGUAAUAAAGUACAAAAUGCUUCCUUGUAAAAAAUAAAAAAUAA